UUGAUUUGAAGUUUUGGCGAUGACAGUGGAAUCUGUGAACAAAGAUGUCUGUCCAUUUCGUGUAAGACAGUUUUGAGCAAAAAGACAUAUUUUGAGUGCAAAUAUAUAUAUAUUUAUUAAGAUAUGAUUUAAUGUAAUCAGUGCUGUGAGUAAUUUAACAUUAGGAAAAAUGUCGGUCGAUCGGGAAAUACCAGCAGAGGACAGUAUUAAAGUCGUGUGCAGAUUUCGACCCUUAAAUGACUCCGAGGAAAAGGCUGGGUCGAAAUUCAUAGUUAAAUUUCCCCAAGGAGCAGAUGAAAACUGUAUUUCAAUAGCGGGCAAAGUGUAUUUAUUCGAUAAAGUUUUUAAACCAAAUGCUACCCAAGAAAAAGUAUACAAUGAGGCAGCGAAAAGUAUUGUCACUGACGUUCUCUCUGGUUUUAAUGGAACUAUUUUUGCUUAUGGACAGACGUCUUCUGGUAAAACGCAUACAAUGGAAGGUGUCUUAGGUGAUCCUCAGAAACAAGGAAUAAUUCCAAGGAUAGUUAAUGACAUAUUCAAUCAUAUUUACGCAAUGGAAGAAAAUUUAGAAUUUCACAUAAAAGUAUCGUAUUUUGAAAUCUAUAUGGAUAAAAUUAGAGAUUUAUUAGAUGUAUCUAAAGUAAAUUUAAGUGUUCACGAAGACAAAAAUCGGGUACCAUUCGUAAAAGGUGCUACGGAAAGGUUCGUCUCGAGUCCCGAAGAAGUUUUCGAAUCCAUCGAAGAAGGAAAAUCCAAUAGGCACAUAGCUGUAACAAAUAUGAAUGAACAUUCGUCAAGAUCACAUUCAGUAUUUUUGAUAAACGUCAAACAAGAAAAUUUGGAAAACCAAAAGAAACUUUCCGGGAAACUUUACUUAGUAGAUUUGGCGGGUUCCGAAAAGGUGUCAAAAACGGGGGCUGAAGGUACCGUCUUGGACGAAGCGAAAAAUAUUAACAAGUCUCUUUCGGCGUUAGGAAACGUAAUCAGUGCUUUAGCCGAUGGCAAUAAAACUCACAUUCCUUACAGAGAUUCGAAAUUAACUAGAAUACUUCAAGAAUCUCUAGGAGGUAACGCCAGAACAACCAUCGUUAUAUGUUGCUCUCCAGCUAGUUUUAACGAAUCGGAAACAAAAUCCACAUUAGAAUUUGGUAAAAGAGCUAAAACCGUAAAGAACGUCGUCUGCGUCAACGAGGAACUUACCGCAGAAGAAUGGAAGAGGCGGUACGAAAGAGAAAAGGAGAAAGUUGCAAGAUUGAAAGGAAAAUUAGAGAAACUAGAAGAGGAACUCAACAGGUGGAGAAACGGAGAGACUGUGAAAGUGGAAGAACAAGUCAACCUCAACGAACUGUCAGAUGCCGCUACACCUGUUUCCGGUAUGGAAGAAAGUGUCAUAGCGGAAAAACCUUCUGGUCCUCUUCCAGCAACCCCAGCUCUAAUGAUCGGAUCUACUUUGGGAAUAGAAGAAAGAAAUAAAUUGGAACUCGAAAGAGAAAGAUUGUAUCAGCAAUUAGACGAAAAAGACGAAGAGAUCAAUCAACAGAGUCAGUACGUCGAGAAACUCAAAGAGCAAAUGCUUGAACAGGACGAACUCAUCGCGGGUACCAGAAAGGAUUAUGAAGCCCUACAAGCCGAAAUGAACAGGAUUCAGCAAGAGAAUGAAAGCGCCAAAGAGGAAGUCAAAGAGGUACUCCAGGCGCUCGAGGAACUUGCAGUGAAUUACGACCAAAAAAGUCAGGAAGUCGAGGCUAAAAAUAAAGAAAUGGAAUCUCUUUCCGAAGAAUUGAUGCAGAAACAAACUAGUUUGAAUUCCACCACCACCGAAUUGCAACAAUUGAAGGAUAUGAGUAGCCACCAGAAAAAGAGAAUAGCUGAAAUGUUGAGCAACCUCCUGAAAGAACUAGGAGAAAUUGGUAACAGUCUUGGAGGCAGUGGUGACGGCCAGGACAUUAAGAUUUCCAAUGAUGUUGCAAAAUUAGAAGAAGAGUUUACAGUGGCGAGAUUAUAUAUAUCUCGUAUGAAGAGCGAAGUAACUAGUCUGACUCAAAGGUUGCAAGAAAUCGAAAACAAAGAACAGGAUAGUAACAGGAAAGUAACUGAAUACGAAAAGGAAUUGGCAGAAUGUCGUUUGUUGAUAUCUCAACACGAAGCGAGAAUGAAGAGCCUUCAAGAAUCCAUGAGGGAAGCGGAAAACAAAAAGAGAAUGCUAGAAGAAAGCAUCGAUUCUUUGAGAGAGGAAUGUGCUAAGUUGAAAGCUGCGGAACAGGUACAAAGUGCUAGCGAAAGUGAGAAAAAAGAAGCGAAUGAACUUCGUCUCGCUUUGGAACAACAAAUGGAUCAGUUGAGAGUUGUACAUCAGAAACAAGUAGCUGCUUUGAGGGACGAAAUCGCCGAGAAACAAAGUUUAAUUAACGAUAUCAAAGACUCAAACCAAAAACUUACCUUAGCCCAGCAACAGUUGCAGUCCGAUUACGAGAAAAUCAAAUUGGAAGAAACGGAGAAAUCGCACAAGCUGCAGGAACUCAUCGCUACGAACGAGAGACGAGAACAGGCCAGGAAGGACCUUAAGGGAUUAGAAGAUACCGUCGCCAAAGAAUUGCAAACGUUACAUAACCUUAGAAAAUUGUUCGUGCAAGAUUUACAGGCCCGUAUGAAAAAGAAUCUGUCAUCCGAAGAUAACGAAGAAGACGGUGGAUCUCUGGCUCAAAAACAGAAGAUUUCCUUUUUGGAAAACAACCUCGAUCAGUUGACGAAAGUACACAAACAAUUAGUUAGAGAUAACGCCGAUUUGCGUUGCGAACUUCCUAAAUUAGAGAAAAGAUUACGGGCCACAAUGGAAAGAGUUAAAGCGCUAGAAACCGCGCUCAAAGAAGCCAAAGAGGGCGCCAUGAGAGACCGCAAAAGAUAUCAAUAUGAAGUUGAUCGCAUCAAAGAGGCUGUGAGACAGAAGAACCUUGCGAGAAGAGGUCCCGCAGCCACAAUCGCCAAACCAAUUAGAGCCGGUCAACAUACAGCGAGUAAUUCUGUUAUUAGAACGGGAGGGGGGAAUUUAGCUAACAGGCCGAAUGACGAAGCCCUCAAACGUAGGUCCGUUAUCGGUGGAGAUAAAGGUCAGUAGUAAGUAGUUUACUUAAUGUGUAAACUAAAAUUAGAUGUGGAAAUUAGUUACUCAGCCCAAAAACUUCCUGGUUGUCUUAUCCACCUAAUUUAGCUGGUGACUAUUGUCCAAAUAAAGAAUGUGCUAAAAGGUAAAUGAGUUUAGAAUAGUAGAGGUUAAGAACAUAGGACUUCUGAUAUGUUGAUGUCCUUUGAAGACAUUUAAACCGUAGAGACUACGGUGGCUUAGAUCAGCUGUUGAAUGGAAACCGCAUGAUGGUCCCAGUCACCUAGUUAACGAAAACCAGCAUCUGUUCUUCCUUGAAACCAGUUUUACUCUGGAUGGAGAAGGGAUGAAGGUCGAAGGUCUGGGACCGUUAAGUUCUGAGCCUUCUAGCCUUUUCACUGUUUGACAUCAACAGAAGCUGAUGCUUUGGGAGUAGUGGGGAGCUACGCUACCAUUUACAUAUCGACACUAUCCAAAGGCUUCUGGAAGGGGAGCUUUGACCUUCUCCGUGUCACUAUUUUCAAAAUUAGAUUCACGCACCUUUUUUUGAUUAUUUAAAAUUUAAAAUGAUUCACUGUAUUAAAAUAUAUUGAAAAUUAAUUAAAUAAGAAACUAAAUAUAUUUCUAUUUUUCAGAUUAAGUUGCCGAUCACCUAUAGGUGCUUAAGACAUUUUUAGUAAGCAAGAAUUUAAAGAAAAAAAAUCCUUAAACCGUAAUACCAAAAAUAUUGCCGAUUCUUUGCGCGAGUCUGUCACCAGCAGUUUUUGAAAUAUCAAAUAGAAAAAAAUUGCUUGUUUAGACUCGCCCUUCAAUGUGCUUACAGCUUAGAUAUUUCUGUAGUAUAAGGUUGCACUCAAACAUUGCAUUGAAAAAAAAAAUAAUAAUAAUAAUAAUUAUUAUCGAAGUAAUGUAACAGAUUGUUGGCAAAUUGUUUAAAACAACUUUCUUUUUAUAUAUUUUUUUAAAUAUCACUUCUCGCUUCUAUCAACGUAAGUGUUAACACUAAGAAAAAUAAUGUGCUUGUGUGGUAUCCUGUGAAAUAUAUUUUUUGAUUUGA